AACAAGGCCAAUGACCUGAAACAUCAUGAUAAAAAACCCGGCAGCAGACCACACACAGGACCUUGCAAACGGACAAAGUAACCAACAUGAGGGUCAGGUGACUCUAAUGAGUAAUGGAGGCUCACCCCCGGCCCCGCAGAGUAAGAGAAUGGUGAAACAAGAUACCGUGGGGGACUAUCUGGACGACGCUGAUGAGAUGGAAAUGGACGGGGUGGACGUGGAGGUCAGGUCCCCACUCUCCCCCGGUCUUGGUAACCUCUCCAAAGUCCUGGCUGUCAAGUCUAUGGCAACCAAGUGGAGGAAGAAGGUUAUCAAGAAGAAUGAUCUGAACAUGGCCUUCUCGGAUUCGCCUCACGUGCCUCAGGUGGAUGCUUGUCAUGCCAUGUACUGGACCAAGCGAAGGUCUGUCCCUCUUAAGAACUAUCACGACGAGGCUAGAGCAGAAAAAGAUAUCUCCAAGUUCCUCGAGAACCCAGUAGUGUUGUUCAAAGUGAGAGGACAGCAGUGGAAAGACAUUGCACACGAGAUGUUGGAAAAUAUCAGGGUGCUGAAACCCAGCUUGAACCUGAACGUAGAGCGCACCUACAAAUGUCUGAUAAGUGGUGCUGGAGAUUACACCAUCCCAGAGUUGGUGCAAGGCCUGGUCUACAACCAAGAAUCAGACAUUAUCUGCGAGCAGAGCUUUGUGGUGGUCCUUGGUUCAACCCCCGCCGUUUUGGAGACCCAGACCUCCUUUGCCAUUCUGAAGAACUCCGUUAAUCUAGGAGCUCUAAUGGCUGAGGUUAAAAUGAUAUGCAUGAUCCUCUCCCCGGUAAAGAGCAAACAGACCAAGUCUGGGAUAGAAGUAGGGAGGACGUACACAACGCUACUCUCUGAUCUGGAACUGCGGAGAAGGUUGAUGGAAAGCAAGACUCCAGCAGAGUUUGCUGCAAUUGUUAAAGAGGGCUGCACUCAUGUAAUGGAUAAACAUACUGAAGUGUACAAACAGGAGAAGGUGAUGACACAGGAGGAAGAAGAAGGAGACAAUAAUAUCUCUCCUGUUACAAAGUUCUUCAGAGAUAUCAUGCCGCCUGGUAAACUCCUGUGGAGGGACAUUAAGCGGAGGAAAAAACACUACAUUUCAGAUUUCACGGAGGGCAUGGACAGUUGGAGAUCUAUCAAAAAAUAUGGCACGUCUAUCAUCUUCUUGUACUUCACUUUGCUCUUGCCUACCAUGGCUUUUGGGGUUUUGAACGCUGACAACACCUAUCAGGAGAUUGAGACCAGGAAGGCUAUCUUAGCGCAGGCGUUCGGUGGUAUUAUAUUUGCUCUGUUUGCUGGGCAGCCACUGUCUGUUGUUCAAACCACAAUCCCCAUCGUUCUUUUUAUUAAACUGGUUUGGACAUUCAGCCAUGAUUUGUUCAACGUGGAUUUUUUAACUUUCUACACACUGGUGGGCCUUUGGAAUGGAUUCUUUCUAAUCGUGAUUGCUUUUACCGGGGUUAGUCAAAUCAUGGCCUUUUGCUCCAGAUCUACGGAGGAAAUAGUGGGUAUAUUUACCUCAAUAGCUUUCAUAGUGGACAGCAUGAAAUAUGUGAGCAAGCAGUUUAGUCAGUACUGGUGCGAGGAAAGUGGGUGUGACAGGAGUGUUGCACUGGCAGUCUUCAUUGUGACAUUUGGGACACUUUUCAUUGCCUUACAGAUCUACAAUUUCAAGUGGAGUCCAUUCCUCAGCUCCGGGAAAAGGAAGUUGGUGGCGGAGUAUGCUCUGCCUUUCUCCGUGCUCGUUAUGUCACUAAUUGGCUCUUAUUUCAUGAGUAAUGUUAAUCUAGAGACUUUUACAGAUGCGAAAUAUGAGAUGGAGCCUACGUAUUCGCCGUUUGACUAUCGGCCCAUGAAGUUCUACGGGUGUUCAGAAGACCACCACGUGGAGAGAAGAGCAGCCACGGACGGGGAGGCUGAGGAGCCUUGCAAAGCCAUCGGAGCUGCAUCUUUCAUCACAAGCGCAGCUCUCGGGUUUAUAGUGUCCAUGCUGUUCUUCGUGGAGGCAAACCUAGCAGCCAGUAUGGUCAACAAUCCUCACAAUAAAUUAAAGAAAGGGUCCGCGUAUCACCUUGAUAUGUUGACGACAGCCAUCAUCAACAUUAUCCUGAGUAUAUUCGGGUUGCCCUGGAUGCACGCCUGCCUGCCAACAUCCCCCAUGCACGUGCGAGGGCUAGCGGACGUGGAAGAGAAGGUUGAGCUGGGGUACGUGAAGGAGAUAGUAGUGCGGGUGAGGGAAACGAGAAUAACAACCCUGAUAGCAAACAUCCUGGUCUUCAUCUCCCUCCUCAUGAUCCCCGUUCCCCUAGAGUACAUUCCGAUCCCUGCCCUGUACGGGGUGCUCCUCUUCAUAGCCAUUUCCUCCUUGUCUGACUUCCAGCUGUGGGAGAGAGUGUUGUUGAUGCUGACCGAGCAGACUCUCUACCCGCCCAUACAUUACAUUAGGAAGGUGCCGCAGAAAGCUGUUCACACCUUCACAGCGCUGCAGCUCCUUCAACUGGGCGUGCUUUGUGGCCUGUCAUUUUCUGGGAUAGCUUACUUGAAGAUGCUCUUCCCCUUUAUAAUAAUCGCUCUUAUACCGAUCAGAAAGUUUUUGAUACCCAAAGCUAUUCACGAAGAUCAUUUGGAAGCAUUGGACGGAUCACAUUAAUGACUUAGUGGAGGAGUGCAUGUUUUAGACUGUUUUGUUGAUUAUUAAGUUUUAAUAUAUCAGACGGAGCUUAUUAGUCUGGAACUUUUAAAUACUUUUUGAAGGUUUUUAGCCGUUUUUAGAAUUAUUAAGAAAGUCUAUUAUGAGAUAACAUGAUGUGCAUUCUGCAUAUUGUGAUAAUGAUAUUUUGAGGGGUAUUUAGUAAAUAAAUUAUAAAGCCGUGUUUUGGAUUGAUCUAAAUAACUAUGACAGUGUCUCCCGCAGAUAGUAUUAAGAAUAGGAGAAAUUGUAGUACCUUGUUAUUCGUUGGAACAUGGAAAAUCAUAAUGUACCAUUAUCAAUUAGCUUUGAACUUAUAAAAUUUUCUGAUCUGAGAUGAUUGAGGGAAAGAUCCGGUACAUUAAUUUAUUUAACUAUUGAGUGUAGCAUUCAUUGAUCAUUUGCUUGAAUUAUUAACUAUUUGAUAUAUAAGAUUUUAAUAAUUAAGAAGUCUGGGUGAUAGCAAUUUUAUGUGAGCUUUGAUAAUGUCCGUCAGACAAAGUAUUCUGAUAAUUAUUUUAAAGAGAGUUCCAAGAAACCGAUAUUAGCGACCAUCAGUUAGCCGACUGAUUCUCUGAAUUUUAUAGUUAUUUUAAAAGGACGAUCACAUGAGCUUCUCCCUGGUCAACGUGACCAGACUAUCUUGUUGUUAAACAGAGCGGAAAUUGUUAGUUUUGUAGAUUUAUGGUAAGAUUGAAUAUAACUUCGACACUAUUCAGACCAAAGCGUUUUCCCAAUCAGUUUCAACGAAAUUACAAGAUGAUUGCCAUCAGAGUCACUAAGUAACUGACUAAGUAACUGAGCUACCGCGGAAUGAGCACAACU